ACUGGCUCCAUAUUCAUCAAUAUGGAGGACGCUGACUUUGACAUGGGGGGUAUGGAGAUGGGGGAUGUGGAGAUGGAUGUAGAUGUCGAGGUAGAUGGAGUAGAUGAGGUAUAUGAUGUAGAGGAGGCAGAGGAUGAAGAAGAAACUGAACGGCCGAAGUUUAAACGGCCAAAAAAUGCUCGUCAAGUCCCUCAAAAGCGCAAAAUCAUCCCGGUGAAAGUGAAGGACUACAUGUGCUGCUCCAUGCUGACCAUGACAUUCUGCAACGUCCUGUUCCUGGGCACGGCUGCUAUGAAAUUUUCACUCAGGGCACGGCAACAAGGGUACAGAAGAAACAUAGCGGGGGCCAAACGUUGGGGAAGAUACGCUCUUGUCUCCAGUAUUGUGGCAGUGAUUCUGACCGGGAUCCUCGUCAUCCUGCUGAUAGUUAUAUGUUCAGCAAACGCAGAACGAUGCACUGAGAUGCUUCCAGAACUUUUGAAAUCUUGUAAGAAAACAGAUUAUAAUAAUUAUAAUGACAAGUAUAAUAGUUAUAAUUAUAGACACAGAUACAGAGGGUAA